CCCAGCAGCAGUCGGUUCGGUUUUGCGGUAGUAUAGGUCUGUCAUAUCCUUUCGAAUGUUACUUCCGUGUUUUGCAAGGGUGCUUGUUUGUAAUGUUUUUAGUCAUUUUAGAAAGCGAUUUUAUUGAAUUAGAUAAGAUUUUUUAGGUAGUAAUCGGUUUGUGGUAGAAUUAUUCGAUCCUUAUGGAUCUGCUAGGUCAAUAUUGAGUGUUGUGGAAUGUAGUGCAGUUGGAUGAACGCAGGAGAAUGUAAUUGUGUCAUUCGAUGUCGGAAGUGAUUAUAUUUCCAGAGCCUCAACAUAGCCAUUUGCAUGCAAAUUAAGCCGGCUACCAGAUGGAACCCCUAAUUACUUCCAACAUUUCCGAUAACAGUGAAAGUGUCAUCCCGAGCAAUCGCAUCAAGGAAGAACCGUUGCCAGCGCGGUUAACUAAAUGUGUCAAUACCGUGGGGGAAGUUUCGUCCACCUGCAGCUUGGGAUCACCGGAGGAACAUACGGCGGGCUCGCCACUGUUUGCUGUUGCCGGUUCACCCGAAUCCACUGCGGAUGAGCUGAAAUGUGAAGAGCAGCAGUGUGCCGGUUCGGAUGCCAGCUCGACGACCUCGUCGAAGACAUUCGUGGCCUGCAAGGUGUGUGGCGAUAAGGCCUCCGGCUACCAUUACGGAGUGACAUCGUGCGAAGGAUGCAAGGGAUUCUUUCGGCGCAGCAUCCAGAAGCAGAUCGAGUACCGCUGUCUGCGCGAUGGCAAGUGUCUGGUGAUAAGACUGAACCGCAACCGGUGCCAGUACUGUCGCUUCAAGAAGUGUCUCGCCGUCGGGAUGAGCCGAGAUUCUGUUCGCUAUGGACGCGUUCCGAAGAAAUCUCGAGAAGCCGGAAAUUGUACCGAUGAAAUGAACGUUUGUGUGAACUCGACGACACCAACUCAGGUGUCCCAGUUGAGCAGUUGCGGUGGGGCUCCCACAACGACAGUCGCAGUGAUUAGUGCCAGCAAUAAUAUCAUUAAUAGUAACAACAAUAAUAACAACAGCAACAACAACAACAACAUCAGUAAUAAUAACAAUAAUAACAACAACAACAGUCUCGGCACCGGAGCCGGAACCGGAGCCAUGACCAAUUGUGCAGAAAUUAGUACAUCGACGGCGGUUGUUAGUACCAUUCUACCGGAUUCAAUGACAUUUAGCCCGCCCGAACUGUCCAUCUACGAUAUUAUCCAUUGCGUUGCGCAAGCGCAUCGUGGCCAUUGCACCUACACCACCGAAUUGGUUAAGGAACUCAGCCGGAUAUCACUGGUCAACUACAGUGAGAAGAAUAAUCUUCUUCUCCAAUCAUUGGAAUCGAUCGAGGAUCAACGCAUCUGGUUGUGGCAACAGUACGCCCUGCGAAUGACCCCUUCAGUGCAGAGGGUGGUCGAGUUCGCCAAACGUGUCCCCGGCUUCGGUGAGUUCCUUCAGGAUGACCAGUUGAUUCUCAUUAAGCUGGGUUUCUUCGAGGUGUGGCUGAGUCACGUAGCCAAGGCGACCAGCGAUUCGUCGCUCACAUUCGACGAUGGGGUGUACGUUACGCGCCAUCAGCUGGAAGUGAUAUACGAUGUUGAGUACGCUAACGCAUUGUUCAAUUUUACCACUGGUCUGAACAAUUGCUGCUUGAGUGACACCGAAAUUGGGCUAUACUCUGCGUUAAUACUGCUCUCCGAUCGACCCGGUCUAACCGAAACUAAAAUCAUUUUGAAAACGCGUGAAUGUAUUGCGGAAGCAUUGCGGGUACAAAUUACCAGAACCCGACCCGAUGCGGUUACUGCCCUGCAGAUCAUGCCAGCUUUAGAGGCUAAAAUCCACGAGCUGCGGACACUGGGAGAGAAGCAUUUCGUUCAGCUGGAGUGGUUUAGACAGAACUGGAGUUCCAUCCGAUUGCCGCCGCUGUUUGCGGAAAUUUUCGAUAUUCCCAAAUGUGAGGAGGAUUUGCAGUAGAAUACAUACUGCAGAACGUUGGCCAAUACUUUCCAUUAUUGAGGAUAAUUCGUAUAAGCAAAGUAAUAUCGAAAAAUAAGACUUGCCAAAUCUAUAUCAAUAUAAUACUGUAAACUUAGCGAAUUUAGAUCAAUGUUAGUCGAUAAAAGUUUUCGUUGGCUUCUUCACAAUCAUUCCGAACUUGCUGGUUGCAGCAAAACUUUAACCUAAAUAUCUCUACUAGAUAGCCAAAUUGAGCUCAUCAUUGUCGUAUACCGAAGUAGGCUAAUAAAAUAUCAACCAAUAUCAGAAUCAUACACUAUUUACAUAUCAUUGAUAUCGAUGUGAAUUUGAAACCAGUAGACCUUAACCACAAUACAAACGGUUGACCUUUCACCCUCUCUCAGAAAUAGCAACAACAAAAAACAAUUAGAACACACUAAUGUGGUGCUUACGUAGAUUACAGUUCUUAUCGGAGCAAACGUACAUAAAAUAACUUACCACAUACAAUGAUAUUUAGGAAGAUAGUCAAAACCCGCAUUUUUGGACCCCGCGCAAAAGAACCACACGAGUGUUAUCGAAGACAAAUAACUAAACUGUAAAUCAACUGUGAAUUCCUUCCUGGUGAAUUGAGCCGCUUUUGAAAAGUGAAACACUACUGAGCUAUUAUACUGUUUUUUAGGAUUAACGUAUUCAAGUAUAUCGCGCAAUUGAUGAAAACAGAACGUGACAUUUUAGUUUAAAUUGAUAAACAACAACAACAAAUAAACCGUUGGAGUGAAUCACUCAAACAUGUGCUGCACUACGCACAGACACAUACAUGUGAAAGCGAUAGUAGAUAAACAAGUGAAUGAACUGGUGCUGUACCUUUAAACUGUAAUUUUAGGCAAAUUUUAACUGAAUGGUAGCUUUUAAGAUACAUCUCGACCGGUAGCGAAAGCAACUUUGAUUAAUUGACAUUUGCGUUACAAGUAAUUUGGAAAGCAAUCAAAGCGUCCUUUGAUUUAGAUUGUAACUUCUGCGAACAAAACUAGCUAAACUUAAAAAAACUAUGAGAAACCUGUUGAUUAGUGUAUUUUAUAUGUGCGCGUCGCAAUACUUUUCGAUUCACAAUCUGUCAAACGCUUCAUUGAAAAUAUAUAUUUUUUAACUUUUAUAUUACACUUACAUUGAAACAAUGGAAGACUAUCCUAUAGGUAUUGAAGUAUCUAUUUAUAUGUAUUGUUAUUUACGUGUAGGACAUUUACAAUUGAAGAGGGCUAACAGAGCAAACAAUUGACAAACUUGGAUCUGCCUAUAUACACUAUAAUUUGACUGUUAUUUGAUUGUGUAUUUUAUUGCUUAGUUAAAAAGUGAACUUUAUUGUAGUGGGAGAAGCAUUACAGCCAACUGAUUAGGUAAGCAAUUCUGUAGAUUGUUUUUUUUGUUUAUUAUGUAUCACAUGUGCUAUGAAUCUCAGCUUCUAAAGUAUGAUAUUUUUAUUGGAAAAUGCCAGGCUGCUGAUGAACGCAAAAUAAAUAAAAUAGUGAAUUUCAAUGGAA